GCGGCAGCGGCUCAGGGGAUGUUAGAGGCCCGCUGGGCGGCCGCGGAGCAAACGCGCAGGCUUCGAGCUGCGAGCUCCGGUCUCCCGCCAUGGCCCCCGCUCCGCCCCCCGCCGCCUCCUUCUCCCCCGCCGAGGUCCAGCGGCGCCUGGCGGCCGGCGCCUGCUGGGUCCGCUGCGGGGCCCGCCUCUACGACCUCACCGGCUUCGUGCGGCACCACCCAGGGGGCGAGCAGCUGCUGCGGGCACGGGCUGGUCAGGAUGUUACCGCCGACCUGGACGGGCCACCGCACCGGCACUCGGACAACGCGCGCCGCUGGCUCGAGCAGUACUACGUGGGGGACCUGCAAGGAGACCCUCAGGGUUCCGUGGAGAAUGGGGCUGUGACCUCUGCAAGCGCUCAGAAGACAGACCCUGCGAUGGAGCCAAAGCUCAAAGCAGUGGACUGGGACAAGGACCUGGUAGACUGGCGGAAGCCCCUACUGUGGCAGGUAGGCCACUUGGGAGAGAAGUAUGAUGAGUGGGUCCACCAGCCGGUGACCAGGCCCAUCCGCCUCUUCCACUCAGAUCUCGUCGAGGCCCUCAGCAAGACUGUCUGGUACAGCGUCCCCAUCAUCUGGGUUCCCCUGAUGCUGUAUCUCAGUUGGUCCUACUACCGAACCCUCGCCCAGGGCAACGUCCGACUCUUCACGUCCUUCACCACAGAGUACUCAGUAGCCAUGCCUGAGUCCACGUUCCCGGGCCUCUUCAUGCUGGGGCUGCUGCUCUGGAGUCUAGUAGAGUACCUCAUCCACCGCUUCCUGUUCCACAUGAAGCCCCCCAAUGACAGCUAUUACCUCAUCAUGCUGCACUUCGUCAUGCACGGCCAGCACCACAAGGCACCCUUCGACGAGUCCCGCCUGGUCUUCCCCCCGGUGCCAGCCUCUCUGGUGAUAGCUUUCUUCUAUGUGUUCUUACGGCUCAUCCUGCCCGAGGCGGUGGGGGGCACCGUGUUUGCAGGGGGCCUCCUGGGCUAUGUCAUCUACGACAUGAUCCACUACUAUCUGCACUUCGGCUCCCCGCACAAGGGCUCCUAUCUGUACCACCUGAAGGCCCACCACGUCAAGCACCACUUUGCACAUCAGCAGUCAGACUUCUCGCCCAGGAGGAAGGCAGUCGUCCGAGAAGCCGGGGUGUCUUCCUGGAACUGCGCACAGGACCGACUGGACGCCCUCAGGAGGGGCGAGGAUAUGGAUCAAUUGAGGCAGAUCAUCUCCUUAGGCCAGCUUAUCUACAACCAGUGUGAAGAGAUGAAAUACUGCCAGAAACAGUGCUGGCGUCUAAGGAACCAUGUCCAUGGCCUGCUGCAGCCUCUGCAAAUGCUCCAGGCCCAAGGAGAGAGGAACCUGCCCACCGAGAAAACCAAUGCCCUGAAACGUUUCCAGGCUGUCCUAGAGGAAGCUAAGGAGCGGAUAGAUUAGGUCAGCAAUAAAUCCAAUAUCCAGAAGUUUCUAACAGCAGGGCAUGACAGAAUACUCUUCAGUGGAGUGAACAAGAGGCUGAGAGAUGUCUGGGAGGAGUUCUCACUGCUGCUUCAGGUGGAUCAAUGGAUGCAUAUUUCGAGCAUCAGCCCAGGAGCAUUCUGGCAACAGGAAGAUCAAUAGGAUGCAGAGGAAGACAGGAAGGUUAUCCAAGGACUGAGAAGUGAAAAUGAAACCAUAGAAACUUUAUUGAGGCACUUGGAAAACAACACAAAGAAAACCAUCGAAACCGUGAGGAGCUGGAUGAGGUCAGUCCCACAGAAACGCAAGAAGGGGCUCCCAGAAGAUCAAGUCAAGGAGAUUAAGAAGGAGGAGCUUCCAGAAGCCAAUUGGAUCCUGCUAAAGGAAAAUUAAUUCAGCACACUUUAUGAAGGAAAACAGUGCAAAUCUCCAGUGGCCAUAAAAGUAUUCAACAAACCUCAGGCCAGAGACAUUGGAACAAUGAGGCAUACUUUCAAUAAUGAAAUCAGAACCAUGAAGAAAUUUGAUUCCCCCAACAUCCUGCGUAUGUUUGGGAUUUGCACUGAUGAAACAGUGACCCCACCUCAGUUAUCCAUCGUCAUGGAGUACUGUGAGCUCGGGACCCUGAGGGAACUGCUGGAUCAGGAAAAGGACCUCACCCUUGCCAAGUGCAUCAUCCUGGUCCUGGGGGCAGCCAGAGGCUUAUACAGGUUGCACCAUUCGGAAACACCUGCAGAACUCCACAGAAACAUCAGCAGCACGAGCUUCCUGGUAACUAAAGACUGCAAUGUGAAGCUUGCAGGAUUUGAGUUGAGCAAAACACAGACUUCCAUCAGCUGACCAACUAAAGGAAAAGAAGCAGAGAGAGUCAAUUCUGCCACAUACAUCUCACCUCAGAGACUGGAAAAUGUGUAUAAUAAAUAUGACAUAAAAGCUGAAAUAUACAGCUUUGGAAUCGUCCUCUGGGAAAUCGCCACUGGGAAAAGCCCAUUUGAAGGCUGUGAUUCCAAGAAGAUCUACCAGCUGGUGGCUGUGGACCGGCAACAGGAGCCGGUGGAUAAAGAUUGCCCUUCACAGUUGCAGGAGAUCAUUGAUGAUUGCUGUGCAUAUGAGCCCUCCAGGAGGCCCUGUGUUAAAGAAAUCUUAGAGAGACUGUCUACUUUUUGUUAAGCCAAGUAUUGAAACUGAAACUGAGUCCCUGAACAAGGCGCUGGAAGAGCACAAGCUGGGCAUCUUUCUCCCUCAUAUCCUUCAGCAUGGAGUUAUUUGUGGGUGCAGGAAGGCAGCACUUGUCUGUUACAAAUAGAAAACAACUCCAGUAAUACAGAGCCCAUCCCACUCCAAAUGAUAUUGUCAAAAAUACACCUCUGAUGGUAACUCUGAUAGAUGUUUUACAAAAAUAUAUCUCUCUCUGGAUCCACACCUCUUGGCAAUUCUUGAUUUUUUUUAACCUAGAACAUUUUUUAAGUAAAAAAAAAAAAAAAAAAAGGUAAAGAAUAAACAUGAACAAGUUGAACAUUGAAAAUGAGUCUUUUCUAGAGCUUAUCAUCAGGUACUACUAUUUUCAUCUUUAAAAUCUUUUGUUCUCUUUGCUGUAGGAGCUACAGUGAACAUGCUCCCUUAUAGAUUAAUUAUACACUCUCUAGCAGACCCACAAGCAGAGGUAGAUUUACUGUGAAACUAAUAAAGCUUAAUCUUCAGGGCCCCUCACUCACACAAGACAUCUUCCAAAGUCUGGUACCUAAUUUUUUCCUCACCAUUUAUAAAUAUAAAUAUUUUCAAAUACACCGAAAAGUCAGUAGAAUUAUACUCUGACCAUCUGUAUAGUCACCACCUAGAUUCUAUACCUAACAAUUCACUAUAUUUUAUCACAUGCGUAUCAGUCGUCCCCUUCCUCUUCCCAUCCAUUGAUCCAUCCUUAUUUUUUAUGCAUUUAGAAGAAAAUUUCAGACAUCAGCACACUUCAUUCCUAAACACUUCAGCAUUUAUAUCAUUAACUGCAGUUCAAUAUUUGUUUACAGGGGUUUUUUUUGGCGGGGGGGAGGUAAACUUUCCAUGUUGUGAGAUGCACAAAUCCUAAAUAUACCAUUUGAUGAGUCUGACAAAUUCAUACACAUGAUUAAUCCAAACCCCAUCAAGAUGAUGAACAGUACCAUCAUGCCAAAAAGUUCUGUUAUGCCCACACAAUCAAUCCUUCUCCUCACUCUUGCCCCACAAUUCUGAUUCCAACAGCAUUUUUGAGGUAUAAUUGUCACACAGUAAACUACACAUAUUUAACAUGUGCAAUUUGAUGUUUUGACAUGUAUGCACCACUACAAUCAAGAUAAUGAAUAUGUCCAUCGACUCCCAAAGCUUCUUCAUGCUCCUUUAUAAUCACUCCCUUCCAUGCCACCCCCUCCCCAUUUCCCUAGGCAACCACUGAUCUGCUUUCUGUCACUAUAGAUUAGUUUGCAUUUUAAAGUUUUAUAUAAAUGAAAUCAUAUGGUGUAUAAUAAGUUUGCCUUCUUUCACUCAGUAUAAUUAUUUUGAGA